AUGUUUUCGACUAGGUCCGUUUUGCGUGGGCAGCUAAGACCGUCGGUGGCUGUGUUGCACUCUUCAUUUUACUCUUCUUUAUCAUCCGCAGCUGCAAUUCAAGCUGAGAGAACCAUCAGACAAGGCCCCAGAAAUGACUGGAACCGCGACGAGAUCAAGGCCGUCUAUGGCUCUCCUGUUCUCGAUCUACUUUUCCACGGGCAGUGUACUCUCCUCUCUAUCAAGACUGGUGGAUGUAGUGAGGAUUGUUCGUAUUGUCCUCAGUCGUCCCGGUAUAACACAGGACUAAAGGCCCAAAAGCUUAUGACAAAGGACGCUGUCAUGGAGGCAGCACAAAAGGCAAAAGAGGCUGGAAGCACACGCUUUUGCAUGGGUGCUGCAUGGAGGGAUACAGUUGGAAGAAAGACAAACUUUAACCAGAUCCUGAAUAUGGGUAUGGGAAUGGAGGUGUGCUGCACCUUAGGCAUGCUAGAAAAGCAACAAGCUUUGAAACUCAAAGAAGCAGGCCUGACAGCUUACAAUCACAAUCUUGACACCUCUAGAGAAUUUUACCCAAAUGUCAUUACCACAAGGACCUAUGAUGAGCGCUUGGAAACCAUUAAGUUUGUCCGGGAUGCAGGAAUUAGUGUGUGUUCAGGAGGAAUAAUAGGGCUCGGAGAAGCAGAGGAGGAUAGAGUUGGUUUGCUGCAUACAUUAGCAACACUCCCAUCUCACCCAGAAAGUGUUCCCAUCAAUGCAUUGGUUUCAGUGAAAGGCACACCUCUUCAAGAUCAGAAGCCAGUUGAAAUUUGGGAGAUGAUACGAAUGAUUGCCACUGCCCGUAUAGUCAUGCCAAAAGCAAUGGUCAGAUUGUCAGCUGGCAGAGUAAAGUUUUCAAUGCCAGAGCAGGCAUUGUGCUUUCUUGCCGGUGCAAAUUCGAUAUUCACUGGUGAGAAGCUAUUGACUACUCAAAACAACGAUUUUGAUGCUGAUCAACUCAUGUUCAAGGUGCUUGGUCUGAUUCCCAAAGCUCCCAGUUUCUCUGAGGAACCAGCAAAGGCAUAUGAGGCAGAGGCUUGUGAGGAAGCUGUUUCCAGUUCAGGCUGA